AUGGAGCUCCCUCUCAGCGCUGUGGUCUUCCUCUUCUUCUCCUACCAUCUCUGUGAUGCAGAAGACCGAAAACAUAAUGCAGUCCUCACUGUGUCCAAUGGAGGGAAGGAUGGUAUAUGGGGAAAACCUGAAUUCUGUCCCAAGGGAUAUGCAAACGGAUUCCAAAUGAAGGUAAAUCUCUAUCUAUAGUCUGAAUUUGGACACCCUGGUGCUAAGGCGUGGUCACAAUAUUAUACAGACGUAUGAAAAGCACAAACAAAGAAACACCUUUAUUUAGAAAGAAGGGCAGGGAAAGCAGCAGACAGAAUGAAAAAUGCAGCCUCUAUCACAGAACCCAUGCAGGGUCCCAGAAACACCAAGAUGCCAAGUCUGUAGCAUCUAAUAUACAGUUCAAUUUACUAAUUACUGAGUCCUAGGCAUGUCAACAGGAUUUUCUGUCCCCAACACACAGUAUAUGGCCUGGGUCCUCAUGUUAGGUUUCUGUGUGUUGCCACUGUGCAGUGCUUGGAGUCACAAGACUCUGUUUUGCAUUCCAGAGAUUCCAGGCUGUUGGUGAUGGCUUUUUGCAGUUUAAUAGCGCUGCAGAGAGCUUGCUGGGGUGGCCAUGCAUUAAAAAGGGACUAAAAAAUAACUUAAACAAUGUUUUAAUAACAAAAUCAAAAACUCCUUUUACACCAAAUACAUCAACAAACAAACAUGACCCAACCACCAACCCAUCCCCCAGGGUAAUGGGAGAGCUGGGUGCUGCUCCUUAUAUACUAUGCCCAAAUGCUGACACAGCUUAAUUAACACAACCUAGCAGCACCUGCUAUGUUACACAGCUGCAGGACUGGGUCUCAUUAUCUUCCCUGGCCCUUAAAGACAUAUACAAUUUGUGAAGCAAUAAUGAACCUUCACAUUUUAAAGUGACCAUUCAACAUUUGGAAGUCUCACGGAAGAUGGGAGAUGGAUGUGAUGUUACUGGUUUCCUGUUCCUUUGUUUUCCAGUUGGUCUCUGCUUUCACAGAGAGCGGAUGUAUGCAUUUCUGUCUGCGUAACUAGAAAUCAAACUCUUUGCAAUGUAGCUCAAAUUUCUCGCCCUUCCCUGCUGCUGAAUACUCUGCUUAAUGAGGGAACAUGCCUGGAGCCUUAUCAGAGGCUCAGGUCAUUAAUCAUCGUCGGAGGCGAUUCCGAAGGACUCGACUGGAGGAUGAGCUUUUCCAGCUCGGUCGUAGCAGAGGCUCCAACACCUCUGAGGACAGCUUUUCAUUAAAUUUGCAUAUGCUUUGUGUAGUAUGCAAAUAUUGUCCUCUUUUGAGGGUGGAGUAGAAUGCCCCAAAAUAAAACAGUGACCACAAAUAUAAUAAAAAGUCUCACAGACAGAAUACAAACAGGUAAAGCUUUUUCCCAUCAUUGUAUUUCCAUACUAGAGAAGGAAUAACCUGCUGAAUUUCUGUCUCUGACACAGCUGGGAAAGGCACAAAAACCCUACUUUCCCUCAAGGCCAACCCUAAACCAAAGCAAGGGCUGCAAUAUUGUACCCAUGUAUUUGGGAGUAAGCCCCAUUAAACAAAGAAAGACUUCUGAAUAGACAUAUUAAGUUAAUUAUACAGUGAAUUCUUCAGACAUGCCUAAGCCUUCUUGCAAAGUACAGUUGCUGUGUCUGUGGAGGGGAUGAUUUCACACCCGCUUGCAAUUAUCCUGCAGUAGGAACUGCAGAAAAUAACUUCCAGGUAGUACCCGAUUUCAGAUGAGCCAACCACAAGAAAGACGCAUCCUGGUCAUUGGGAAGAAAGGAAGGGCAAACUGUGGAGAUUCCAAGAACCAGAAAAAGAGGCAGAAGCAGGGGAGGAAAAGAACAGCUCUAGACCUCCAGAGAAUCUUCUCACCUGGCACCCAAACAACUCAUGCAACAAUGACAACUUUGAGUUGUUAAAGGAGGGGAGUGGGUAGGUAGAAGGGACCACAUCUCAGUGGCAGAAUAUUUUCAUAUGGAAGGUCUCCGGUUAAAACCCUGGGAAAGGGUUUGCUUUGGGAUCCUGUUGAGCUAUUCCUGGUCAGAGUAGACAGAAAUGGUCUAGAAGACCAAAUGGUCUGACAUACUAUAACUAGGGGACGGAUUUUCUCCUUUCUCUUAAAUAAUAAAGAGACGUAAGAACAGGCCUGUGUGGGUUUCAUUCUGAGAGCUGUUACAUUUCUCAUAAUGUUUGCUCAUCUGGAUUGCACAGAACUGGAUGCAGGUUUUCUAUGUCAGCAAUUAGCAGGGACAGAUUUAGGGGAGCGUGGCUGGUUUGGUCGCACUGUGUGAAGAGUUCUGGGGGUGCCUCAGAGUGUGGCACAACUAUUAUUUAGAAUGGAAGUCAGGAAGUGGAGGGGUGCCAAAUUUUGGCAUUGUACAGGGCGCUACUGAAAUUUGGGACCCCAAGGUCUGCCACUGCUGUAUAGAAAGGCUGAUUCCCCACCCCACAUUUGUUCAUCUCCAUCCUUCGGAUGGAAAUGUUUUUGUUCUUUGAGGUGAACGUAAAUCCUCAUCUAUGUCCAGUACCUGCGGGCAAUUGUGUGCACAUGACUUGAGCUAGUACUGCUCAUUGCUGAUCUAGCUAGGUCAUUGCAAGCCCUUGCACAUAGAAAUUUGCACUGAAAAAAUGUUGUUUUGCUCACAAAUAAAUGUUGCCAGUAAUGCAGAUGCAGAUUGCAGCACCAGUCUCUCCCCCCCCCCCCGUUCUCCACCAGUUUCGCAGAGAUGUAAACGAAGCCUUUAGAAAAGAUUUCACUCUGAAAGGCAUCCGUCUCCACUGCACUGAUGGAAAAACAGUAGAGUCUAAAAGUGGAAAGUGAGUAGCUUUUUGAAUUUCUCUUCCUUUAUUAACUUGUUGCUUGGAAGUUUGGGGUAGGAGCGGGAGGGGUAGAUUGAAAUAUUUCAUGCUAGAUUAAAGGCAAAUGGUAAUCUGGACACACUCUGAGUUUAACAGCCCCAAAAUAUACCUGCUUGCACAUAGUCCUGUGGAACUUACUUCUAGGGAUGGAGGCAAAAUUCAAAUUGAUUCACAUUUGUUUGUUUUUUUAAAAUGAUAUUUAUUAAAGUUUCACAAAAAUACAGAAAACAAAGAAAAAAGUAUAAAUUACAGCAAAAAAGUAAAAAGUAAGAAAAAACAUACAAAAUAAAACAGUUAAAAACACAAUAAUGUUCCAUAACCUAUCUUCCUUACUCUUAUUUCCCCAGACCUCCUCAUACCUCCCUUCUUUGUAUUCCAAUUCAGUUUGUUGGUUCAGCAAAUCCUUACCAUUAAUCUUUUACCCAAUUGUUAACCUUUUUUUUCAUGUCUCUUAAAGCAUUACAGCUAAAAACCUCUUAAUUUCUAUCCAACAUCCUUCUAAAGUUCCUUAAUUUUACAAUAUUUCUGUAAAUAGUCCUUAAAUUUUUUCCAGUCUUCUUUCACCGACUCUUCUCCCUGGUCUCGGAUUCUGCCAGUCAUUUCCGCCAAUUCCAUGUAGUCAAUCACCUUCAUCUGCCAUUCUUCCAAAGUGGGUAGAUCUUGUGUCUUCCAAUACUUUGCGAUAAGUAUUCUUGCUGCUGUUGUAGCAUACAUGAAAAAGGUUCUGUCCUUCUUUGGCACCAGUUGGCCGACAAUGCCCAAGAGAAAGGCCUCUGGUUUCUUCAGAAAGGUAUAUUUAAAUACCUUUUUCAGUUCAUUAUAUAUCAUUUCCCAGAAAGCCUUAAUCUUUGGGCACGUCCACCAAAGGUGAAAGAAUGUACCUUCAGUUUCUUUACAUUUCCAACAUUUAUUAUCGGGCAAAUGAUAAAUUUUUGCAAGCUUGACUGGGGUCAUGUACCACCUGUAUAUCAUUUUCAUAAUAUUCUCUCUUAAGGCAUUACAUGCCGUAAACUUCAUACCUGUGGUCCAUAACUGUUCCCAGUCAGCGAACAUAAUGUUAUGUCCAACAUCUUGUGCCCAUUUAAUCAUAGCAGAUUUCACCGUUUCAUCCUGAGUAUUCCAUUUCAACAGCAAGUUAUACAUUCUUGACAAAUUUUUAGUUUUGGGUUCUAACAAUUCUGUUUCUAAUUUUGACUUUUCCACUUGGAAGCCUAUUUUCUUAUCCAAGUUAUAUGCCUCCAUUAUCUGAUAGUAGUGGAGCCAAUCUCUCACUUUAUUUUUUAAUUUUUCAAAACUCUGCAGUCUCAAUUUAUCUCCUUCUUGCUCCAAAAUUUCCCAAUAUGUCGGCCAUUUGGCCUCCAUAUUGAGCCUUUUCAGAGCUUUUGCUUCCAUUGGUGACAGCCACCUUGGGGUUUUAUUUUCCAAUAAGUCUUUGUAUCUUAUCCAGACAUUAAACAAUGCUUUCCUAACAAUAUGAUUUUUGAAUGCUUUGUGUGCUUUGACCUUAUCAUACCAUAAAUAUGCAUGCCAUCCAAAUACAUUGUUAAAACCUUCUAAAUCCAAAAUGUCUGUGUUUUCAAGAAGUAGCCAUUCUUUCAGCCAGCAAAAAGCUGCUGAUUCAUAAUAAAGUUUAAGGUCUGGCAGGGCAAAUCCACCUCUUUCCUUGGCAUCAGUUAAUAUCUUAAAUUUUAUUCUGGGCUUCUUGCCCUGCCAGACAAAUCUAGAAAUAUCUCUCUGCCACUUCUUGAAACAGUCCAUCUUAUCUACAAUUUGUAAUGUCUGAAACAAAAACAACAUUCUAGGCAAUACAUUCAUCUUUAUCACAGCAAUACGGCCCAGCAACGAGAGUUUCAAAUUUGACCAAAUUUCUAAAUCUUUUUCACUUCCGUCCAACAUUUUUCGUAAUUAUCUUUAAAUAAGUUCCCAUUUUUGGCUGUCAUAUUAAUCCCCAAGUAUUUCACUUUCUUUACCACAUUCAAUCCUGUCUCAUUCUGAAACCUCUCUCUUUCAAUCGGUGUUAAGUUUUUCUCUAAAACCUUAGUUUUUAACUUGUUCAAUUUAAAACCUGCCACCUGACCAAAUUCCUGAAUUAAUUCUAAAACUCUUUUAGUACUAGAUUCUGGCUCCUGUAACGUCAAUACUAGGUCAUCUGCAAAUGCUCUCAAUUUGUACUGUUUAGCUCCGACCUGUAUGCCCUUAACCAACCGGUCCUUUCUAAUCAUAUUUAGCAAAACCUCCAGGACCGAUAUAAAAAGCAGUGGGGAAAUUGGGCACCCCUGUCGUGUCCCUUUUUCUAUCUUAAAUUCUUCCGUAACCACAUUAUUUACAAUUAAUUUAGCCUUUUGUUCAGAGUAUAUUGCACCUAUACCAUUUUCAAAACCUUGGCCUACCCCCAUCCCAUGCAGAUUCUUCUUCAUAAAACUCCAAGAGAUAUUAUCAAAAGCUUUCUCCGCGUCAACAAAUAUCAAUACUGCUUUGGUGUUUAUAUUCACUUCUAAUUUUUCCAAAAUAUCAAUUAUAUUCCUCAAGUUAUCAGACAGAUGUCUUCCCGGGAGAAAGCCCGCUUGGUCUUUAUGAAUCUCUUUCAUCAAUAUUUUUUUCAAUCUCUUGGCCAAAAUGUCUGCAAAAAUUUUGUAAUCCACAUUAAGUAACGAUAUAGGGCGAUAGUUCUUAAGCUGAGUCUUUUCAGUCUCUGUUUUCGGUAUAAGUGUGAUGUACGCCUCUUUCCACGAUUCUGGUGCCCUUUUCCCCUCCAGUAUUUCAUUGCAGACUUCCUUCAAAGGUUGCAGUAACCACUCUUUCAAAGAUCUAUAGUAUCUGGAAGUCAGCCCGUCCGGUCCUGGAGAUUUGCCCAAUUGCAUAUUUUGUAUGGCACCUUCUACUUCCUGUUCAGAUAUUUUAUAGUUCAGCAUUAAUUUACUUUCUUGAGAGAUUUUUUGUAGGCCAUUUGUCUUCAAAAAUUGGUCUAUGUCCAUUUCCUUCUGUGGCCCUUGUGUGUAUAAUUGUUUAAAGUACUUCUGGAAGCAAUUUCUAAUCUCAUUUGGAUUAUGUAUACUCUUUCCUUCCACUUCUAAAUUUAUAAUAGUAUUUAAUUUUUGUCUUUUUUUCAUUUGCCAGGCCAACAGUUUUCCACAUUUAUUAGCUGAUUCAAAUGUUUUUUGUCUCAUUUGUUUGAUUUUCCAUUCUAUUUCCUGAUUCAUCAUUUCCAUAUAUUGUACUUGAUAUAAUUUUAUUUCUCUCAAAAUCUCCUGGGACUUUGGUUUUGCUCUCAAUUUCUUCUCUCCUUCUUUUAUUUUUUCCAAGAUUUUAUCUUUCUUUUCAUUUUGACUUCUCUUCUUUAUUGCAUUCUGUUGUAUCAAAAACCCUCUCAUCACAGCUUUGCUUGCGUCCCAGAUUACUCUUUUUUCUACAUUGGUAUUCAUAUUUAUUUCAAAAUAAUCUCUCAAAGUCUUUUGGGCCUUUUUGUAAACUUCUUCAUCUCUAAAUAAGGUGUCAUUCAUCCUCCAUCUAAAGGAUCCGGUUGUUGUUUGUUUCAUCUCCAUCCUUACAGCAUUAUGGUCGGAACAAGUUUUUGGGCAGAUUUCUACCUUCUUUAUCUUUGGUGCCAUUCCUCUAGUUAUCCAUAUUUGGUCAAUUCUAGUCCAUGUCAUCUUGGCUUCAAAAAAAAGGUUCCUUCUCUUCCCAGGGGGUUCUUUACCCUCCAGAUGUCCACUAAGUCCAUAUUGUCUGUCAUCUCAAAAAAUGUUUUUGGUAGUCUACCAUCCUUGGUGACUACCUGUCUUUGAGCCUUGUCCAUAUUUGUAGAUACUACUCCAUUCAUGUCCCCCAUCAGAAUCAAAUUAUAGUCCAAAUGAUCCAAUAAAGUCUCAUGCAACUUUUUAUAGAAUUCAGAUUUCCCUCGUUCGGUGCAUAAAUUCCCACGAUUAAGAAUUUCUCUCCUUGUAGUUGAAUUUCAAUUGCCAAAAAUCUUCCUUGAUCAUCUUUAAAGAUAAAUUUCGGUAAAAGUCUCUCCUUUGCAUAAAUCACGACUCCUCUUUUUUUUAACUUUGUCAGAUGAGACAAACUCCUGUCCUAAUCUUUUAUUAAUCAAUAACUUCCUAUGUGCCCUUGUUAUAUGUGUCUCUUGUAGACAAAUCAAGUCCAAUUGUUCUUUUUUAAUAAAUGAAACACACUUUUUCUUUUUCGCGGAGAAUUCAAACCGUUACAAUUCCAGCUUAAUAGUUGCAGAGCCAUGGUGGGGGCUACUUCACUUUACCUCCAACUGCCCCAAGUGCCGCUUCUUGUUCUGUGGGUAGUAUCACUUUUUCUGGACCGUGCAGUCCAAAAGAUAAAUUUGAUAUGUCUAGUAUGCCUUUUGGUUCUUCUUCAGAUUCCCCUUCUUUCAGUAGAUCUUCCUCGUGGUCUUUCAAGAAUCUGUCUUUUUCCUCAGUUGAUUUUAUUUUUAUCUUUCUCCCUUUAUAUUUGAAGGACAGGCCUUGCGGAAAUUCCCACCUGAAAAGAAUUCUGUUUCUUUUCAAUAAGGUCACUAGGUCUCCAUAAUUGGACCUUAAGUCCAGCAAAUGCUUUGGGAUGUCCUUAAAAAUCAGUAGACUUGAGUCAUCAAUUUCCAAAGUUUUUUUUGAUAGUGCAAAUUCAGAAUUUUAUCUCUCUCUUCUUUUGUUCGAAAGGUAAUCAAACAGUCUCUCACCUUGCCCUUGCCUUGUCUUCUUCCGAGCCUAAAUGCAUUCACUAUCUUAAAUUCUUCCUUCCCCGGGUCCAAUUGCCAAAAAUCUGUAAAUUCCUGUGUAAGAAAGUCAGCCAAAUUAUCUUUCUCCCGCUCUGGAACAGCCCUAAUUCUCAGAUUUCUCUGUCUAUCUUUCAAUUCAAACAUGGAAAAUGUCACAUCAUGGUCCUCCAAUUUCUUAUAUACAGGUGGAAUUUUCUCCUGAGUAGCAAUUGCAAUAUCUUUUGCUUCCUGUGCAGUUUGUCGAAUCAAGGCAGAUUCCUGUAGUAAUUUUUCGAUAGUCUCUGUGUUGGCAUUCACCUUCUGUCCCAAGGUAUUUAUACUUGCAGUAUUUAAAUCAAUUUUAUUUGAUGCUUCCACAACUUGUCUAUUUGUCUCAACUACUUGCCUAUUUGUUUCUGUUACUUGUCUAUUUGUCUCAAUUACCUGUUUACUUAGGCUUUCCAAAGAUUCAUUAAUUUUUGCCAGAGCCUGUGCCAAAACUUCUUCUGAUGUCAUAACUUUUGAUUUAGACUGUGGGAGUGGGGCCCCUGAUGCUCCGGAUGCUCCAGAUGUUGAGCCCCUUCGCGGCAACGCAGUAUCUAUCCGAUAAUGUCUGCCAGACCUAGUAAUUUUUCCUGCGGUUCCGCCUUCUUAUCAUCUGCCAUCACAGUCUCAUAGACAUUCAAGGUCACUCCCACAUUCAGCCAGUUGUUUUGACAUAGAAUGGAAUUUUCCUCUUUGUAACUAUUGUUGUAACAAUGUCCAAUCUCCUCUAGGGGACACAGUAACAGCCAGAACUUGUAACUUUUUAGAAACAAAAAUAGUCUUUAUAAAUCCCCCAAUUUACUUUCGAAGUCCACAGUCUCAAUACAUUUAAACAGUUACUUUUAAGCCAAAAGAGGUUCGGAAACACUGUAUCACUUUUGCAGAAUUGGCUGUCAGAAACAAACUUUCACUAUAAACCUCUAUCUUAAGGCAGUCCGUUCUGAAUCUUAAAUUGUAAAUUCUUCCUUCCUCUCCCCUUCUUUACUGCAGGGACAUUCAGCUCAGUCUUUACUGUCCCCCUCCUCGCCGGCAAUCCGGAGGGGGAACCCUUUUCAAGAUGUUGGAAUUUAGCACAUUUAAAUGACUGUCCGAGUUUCUGCUUUGAAGUCUCUUUGCUUUGAUCUAUUUACAAUUCAGGGGAGGUAGACUUCCUGCUUGUACGUUCCCCGCUCGUGCCAAAUUAACUUUUUUUUCCCCCCUUUAAAUCCAAUUUACUCCUACUCACGGGUAGUUGUUUUCAGUGCCAAUUAUCCCAGGAAAAAAGGCAGAGCUCUCCGGUAACAGCUUCGCGGCUUCACUCCACGGAAGAAGCAAUUUGCUCACAGCACCACGCCACCCCCGCUCCGCUCCGGAGCCCGUUGCCGAGCUCCUUUAGCAAUUGGGGGGGCGCAAACGGUGCCCGCUGAGUCCCACGUUCACAGGCUUCACCCGCCUGUGAUUUAUUUGGGGGUCCCCGCUGCGCCGUGGCGACAGGACCCAAAUUCCGUAGAGCUAGUUCUCUCCAAGUUAGAGAGAAGCAGCCAUUACCGUUGGCUCCGCCUCCGGAAGUCAAAUUGAUUCACAUUUGAAGGCGAAUCUGUUCUAUACAUCCUUUCUGAAAUAAAGCUUUUUGCUCUAAUUUGGAAUUAUAUCUCUGGAGAGACUUUAAAAAUAAAAAUUCAUUGACAAAGUUGUGGUAUAUAAAUUUCUAUUUGGACAUUGCCAUCCUUGUCCUUUUCUUUACAGGCUCGGGGAAUGGGUUGCGGUUCAGAAAUGCCCCCAAGGCAACAUGGUGUCCUUUUCUUUGACUAUUGAAUUACCACAACCGCUAAUUCCUCAUGCAGUCAGUAACCUUGAGGUCCUCUGCAGUGGUGGGGCUAAAUUGAAGAAAGAUAUCUUUCAACGGAUGGAAGAGGGCAAAAUGAGCAAGCGCUGCCCUAGUGGCUUCAUAUGUGGCAUCCAAACAAGGGUGGCGAAUGAGAAUCAAAUGCUUGGUAAAGUAGAACUUCGUGACGUGAAGAUGUUCUGUUGUGACUGAUCCACCACCCUGCUGCACAGCCCUCUUCCACUGGCAACAGAGGAUGACAGGGUGGAGUGGUGGUGCUUACCUGGCCUCCUGACAGCUGAAUUGCUGCUGCUUGCUGGAAGGGAGAGAGGCAAGUCAUUGGGGAGCUUGGUGUGGUGCAAACACACUGGCAGAGCCAAUCCAGUACUCCUGCCGGUGUGUUUGCAGUGUGCCGACUGCUUCUCUUUCUGUCCUUCCUUGUAAGCAGCAGUGACUCAUCUGUUGGAGGGGUCACCGAUUCCCCAACCCCUGAAUGAGAUAAAGGGAUCGUAUUUAGACAGAAUAUAGCAUGAUUAUGGAAAUCUCUGGGGUCUCUUUCAACUUUCAAGUAUAUUUAGGCUGCUUAAAAAAAUAAAAUCAAGCUUGCUUAUAAUGUAGUAGUCAUGCACCAGAUCAUAAAAACCAGCUAAGUGAUUCUCUUGUUUCAAUUAAGUCUUAAAAUAUUACACACGCUAACCCUCAUGUUAUGUUUGGGGGAAAUGUUUGGUUCAUUCUCUGUAUCAUUUGAGAUACAUUUCGUUAUAGUUCACCCUUUUGUUGUUACAGUAAAACUCAUUGAAAAUAUUAAUAAAAAAGACAUUCACCAGACAAAUAUAUUGAAUGCCGGAAUGACGUUCAUUUAUGAAUCACCGGAAUACUAAAUUUUCUGACAGCAUAGACUAUAUAUGUUAUUUUCUGUUACUGAAUUCCUUUUGAUUAUUUCUCUCAUACGCAAGUACAGGAGAGACAUCUUUCUAUAAUAUCAUUGAUUGCCUGUUCUGUUCUUUCACCAAUAAAAAUGAAAUGAAAUGAAGAGUAAGUGUGUCCCUUCUUAUCAGCUGUGAGAGGAGCAGGAAGAGGAGAUGCAGGCAGCAUGUGUGUCAGAGUGUGUGCGAGCAAACUAGGGGUGACAAGGUGAAACAUUCAUCUCUUGUGGUCGUGGCAGAUCGAAGUGGGUUAGGAGCAAUGGCGUAGUGUGGGGGCGCAGGGGGGCCCGGCCGCACCGGGCGCAACAUCGGGGGGGGCGCUCGCACUCGCAGCCCUACCUGGCUCCACGGGUUAGGGGGCGCAAAUUACUUGCCUUGCUGACAACCCACGCUAUGCCACUGGUUAGGAGGAGCUGCUUCCCAUAGUGCUCAGCCCUAGGAAGAUGCAAAGGUCACCUGGCUAAGAGGAGGAAAAGGCCUCAGAAUGCAGAAAGCCGGAAGUGUGCUCAACUGCUUCCUAAAGUGAAAUGAAGAGGUGGGGGAAGAGAUGUUGCCAAAAGAGAACUGGGAUAUGGUGAUGCCCUCCCUAAAAUGCACAAACGGCUCAUUGUAAGUCACUUUGUGUUGUUCUGGGCAAACACAUUUAAUUAAUUAAAAAAUAAAUCUCAGUAGAAGCAGCCUCGCACUCCAGCUUUAAAAAGCAACAGUUUCAAUAACACAAUUUAAAGAUGAAUAUACAACAUCACAAAAAAUAUACACAGCACACAUCUAAAACCCUGUGAAUUCAAAGGUUCAGUUUUAAAACUUCGGACAAUAAAGACCACAAAGAUGGCACCAGGUGGGCUUUCCAGGGAAGGCAUUUCAUAACCAGGCUGACACCACCUAUAACACCCUUAAAGAAAAUGCAAUGAAAAUGAUGUGUACAUGGUAUAUUACACUAGUGAAGUUAGCAAAAAUGUAUAAAGUAAAUAACCAAUGUUGGAAAGGUAAAGGAAAAGAAGGUACUUUCUACCACAUGUGGAGGACUUUUAAGGAGGUUAAAGCUUUCUGGGAGAUGAUAUACAAUGAAAUUUUGAAAAUGUUGAAAUAAACAUUUGUAAAAAAACCCCAGAAGCCUUCUUAAUUGGUAUUGUGGGUAGUGAAAUACAUAGACAAGAAACUGUUUUUAUAUGCAACAGCCACAGCAAGAAUAUUAUUAGCCCAAAGAUGGAAGCAGCAAGAAAAAACUCACUCACAGAAAAAAACAAGUGAGGGAGCGACACCAGGGGACAGGAAGGGCUCAAGACAGGAGUCAGAACUUAAAGGGGAUAUAUUGAAAAUGUUUGCUGAAAUUAAAAAGGACAUAAAACAAAUUGAAAAAAAUAUAGAAUCCAAAUUAGAACAGGUGGAUAAAAAAAUAGGACAAAUGGAUAAAAAAAUAGAAGUGACGGUGAAUGAAUUGAAGGGACAAAUAAAGGAGGUUACUAAAAGGACACAAAGCUUGGAAGAAGGGUUGAAAAGAACAAAGUUAGAAGUGUCUUUCUGCUGGGAAGUUUUUGCCUCUGCACAUGAGUCUGAGAAUGUUCUGAUCAGUUCACAUUGAGUUCAGUACCCUGACCUGUUCUUAACGCAUUGUUGACCACAUCUACGGAACGCGAUUGUUAUGUUCUUUCAUGUCAUGCUAUAUCAAUCAUUAGUAAUAGUUUAAGUCUUGAUACUCAUUCACUAGUUAAUAGUUUAAUAAGGAGGUUUCACGCCUGUCCAAUUCUGUGUUCCCUUUCCCAACCUUUAAUCUAUUGAUGAUUAAUACCUAUAUUCAACCUUUGCAUUGUAUUCAUGUUAACCAAUCAGCAACAAGCACAUAUGUGGUAAUGCUGUAAUAUUCAAUAAAAGGGACUCUCCGAGACAUGCUCGAGAGAUGCCUCCCGUAUGACACCUUACCAUUCGUCUGUCACUUAUUUCAACCCAACAUCUGGUGACCCCGACGUGCCAGAUCCCUUUACGCAGCCUCGAUACUUCACUCGACUGGAAAAGUCUCGUGAGUAUGGGGGGGGGGGAACUUACGAGGUUCCAAAAGGAGCAUGCCAAGGAGCUGCUCCAUUUAGUCAGACAGCGAGUGGCGGGUGCGCAUAUUUCUUUGAAAGAAAUUGAACAAUUGUUUUGUGUGAGAUUGCUUUCCAGUGCCCUUGGUACCCAGAAUCUGGGUCUCUGGGAACAGAAGCUUGGCAAAAGAUCGGAACAACCCUCUUCUCAGAACCGAGGGCUCCAAUUCAUUGUCUGCUCACUUGGCAGAAGUGUGUGGAUGCCCUCGCUAGGUUAGGACCCCAGGCAUCUCCGUCGGCACCCGCUGCAGACAAUCCCCCACCACCUGCCCUUUUGGCCGCAGCAGACAAUCCCCCACCAUACCCAAAGCUUUUGCCUCCAUCACAACCUUCCCUACCCCCCCUACGCCUCAGUCCACAUCCCCCCCAUCCCCCCUUCCCUCCCUCCUUCGCCUGCCUCAGCCCCUGCGUGCUCUCCCACAGGAGCUGUGCGCGCUGUGCUUUUUCAAGCUAGACAGAAAGGAAUCCUCUCCUUGGAGGAAGAGGCUGGGUGGGCUGGGGAAAUGCCAUCUGCUUUCCCUAUCUCCUAUGCAAACCCUGGCACGGCACAACAACAAGUUAUGUAUGAGACGCUUCCUUAUUCUAUUCUGAGAGAAUUAAGGAAAGCCAUUACUGAUUCUGGCCUAAAAUCUUCUUAUGUGCUAGGGAUGCUGGAGGGGAUCGCAACUGGUUAUACAAUGCUACCUCAAGAUUGGAAGGAUCUGAUGCGCAUGCUUUUAUCCCCGGCUCAGUAUGUGGUUUUUGAAAGUGAAUUUAAGCAUAGCGCAGUAGCCCUGGCUGAUCCACAGCAUUCAGCCAACCAACUCUUUGGUGCUGGUCCGUAUGAUAAUAUACCAGCCCAGGCGCAUUUGACACCUUUACAUUUUAGUCGCACCGCGACCUGUGUUCAACGCGCCUUUCGCAAAGUCCCUGUCUCAGGGCAACCGCUGAGCUCCUUUGUUAAUAUUAAGCAACAACAUUCGGAGCCUUACCAUCAAUUUAUAGAUAUAUUGAAAGAAUCAAUCACUAGGCAGAUUGAUAACACUACAGCUCAAAAUGAAUUGAUAAAAAAAUUGGCCUUUGAAAAUGCAAACACCGAUUGCAAGAAGGCUUUGCAGUCAAUCAUACAUCGCCCUAAAUAUGACCUGGCCGAUAUGAUUCAAACCUGUGCAGAUGUUGGCAGCCAGAGCCACGCGAUGUCUUUGCUUGCCGGUGCCAUCCAGGCUGGCAAUAAGCCCACGGGCAAUUGCUUCAAUUGCAAACGCCCAGGUCAUUUUGCUAAACAAUGCAGAGCCCCUGGCGGGGGAGCAAGCAGGAAUGGUGAUGCCAAUAAGGCUAAGCCUUCCAAAAAAUGCCCGAAAUGCGGAAAAGGCUAUCAUUGGGCAAAUCAGUGCAGGAGUUCGGGAAACUCCAUGGGGGCCCAGCUCUCGGGCCAGGACAAAUAGAGAGCCCUCCGUCGUUAGCUUCCACUUUUGAAAACUAUCCUAAGGAUACACCCUCUGAUUUCACCAUUGAUUUAAUUAAUCAGGAAACCAGAGACGCUGCUUUACCUCGUGAAAUUGUGCUCAUGUCCACUCAGUUGGCGGGCCCACUACCACCUAAGGUUGCAGGCUUAAUUUUACCCAAAUUCUCUGUGGCCAAAGAAGGAAUCCUGGUUAUUCCGGGAGUCCUAGAUCCUGACUAUGUGGGCACAAUCAUGGUUCAACUCUGGAGCCAUAUGCCCAUGCAGUUAAAAAAGGGUGAUUCUUGGGCGCAUUUGGUAGUGCUCCCUUCUCAUCCUACUGCUUCUAUUAUGGAUAGUAAUUUGCACGAGCUCUCUCCCCUUUCUCCACAGCUCUUAGCUGUAGUCCAGAGGAUUGGUCAACAGAAACUUCUUCGUAAGUAUAGAAUCAAUGGCAAGGUUCUGGAAGGCUUGAUUGACACGGGCGCAGACAUUUCUGUCAUAUCCAGUAGUUGCUGGGACCCCACGUGGCCCCUUGAGUCUGCCUCUGCGGUUUGGGGUGUGGGUGGACCUCAAACCUCAACCAAAAGCGUAAAGUGGUUGCCUGUUUCUCUGCCUGAUAGCUCUGAAACCAUUGCAUACAUCCAGCCUUGCGUGCUAAAAAUCCACCUUAAUCUGUGGGGCAGAGACUUACUACAACAAUUACAAGCUACCAUUCAAUUUAAUGAGUAAGCUUGCACUCCCCCUCAAGUGGAAGUCAACCACCCCGGUAUGGGUCGAACAAUGGCCCAUAACGGGGGAAAAGCUACUUGCUUUAAAAGAAUUGGUGAAUCAACAAUUAUCGGCAGACCAUAUCGAGUCCUCAGUUAGCCCCUAUAACACUCCCAUCUUCGUCAUAAAAAAGAAAAGUGGGAAAUGGAGAUUUCUCCAGGAUUUAAGGAAAAUUAAUGACAUCCUUGAACCCAUGGAGCCUGUUGGGUGUAGUGAAGGGUUAACCUUCUGUGUCUCGAGGCUGAGAGGAGGCGCUUACAAGGGAAGUAAGCCAGGACGUGACGAAAGCAGCUUGGAAUGCUGUGAGCUGAGUGAAAAGUGAAAGCAGCUUUGCUACGCAGCUGCUGAGAGAGAGACGCAGAAAUGCAACUUGAAUCAGAUGGUGUAUAUGAACUGUAAAUAUGCUAUUUCUGAGCAAAUAAAGUGCUACUAGGAAAGAAGAAACGUGUGGAACUUCCUUUACUGCCCUUUCUACACGGACGCUGUGCAAAUUCUGCUAAUUGCUUUACGACCUGCAGAGGUGCAGGGAAGUGUGCUGGACGACAAGAGCAAAGCAAUAAAUCUUAUACCUACCAUGGUUAUGGGUCAACGUGAAGCGUGAGAAAGGGCUUUGAAGUUUUAUCUGCUGAACGUCAGUUUGAUCGACUGCCGGAGACUUCAAAGAGGCAGAUCGGAGGAGGCUGACGGAGAGCCAUGACGUCCGGAGUUCCCAGUUUGGCUGAGUGAGUACCUUUGGGAAAAGCCAACAGAAGGGAGGGCAAUGGCUCAGCCCUGUGAGCAUGGCUUUGAGCUUAAGCUGCCAUGUCAGAGACUGACUAGCCAGAAUUGGCUGCAGUGGAGCUUUCAAGUGGAGCUUUUGCUGGUGGGGGAGCAGCUGUGGAAUGUAAUUCACCCCACACAGAAUGCAGCUGGGAAAGCAGAGGCUGAAAGGGCUGCAGAGCAAAGUGAAGUGGAGAAGCGUGUGCUUGCUGGGUGGGCAGAAAGUGUGGAUGCUCAUCUGGUGCCUGUUGUCCUGGGUGCAAGAAAGCCAGAGGCCGCUUGGCUAGCACUCCAAGAAGCUUGUGGAGCUGGAGUGGGAAGCAAGGGCCGAGAAGUGGCUGCAUCUGAAAGGGAGAGGCAAGAUGGCGCCGGCCACAUUCUUGAUUGCCGAUACACAGCUGGGAGGUGCUGUGAGCCCCCACAGGGGGGCGAAGGGACUGUUGCUGUUGCUGUUAUUGUUGCUAGCAAUGCUGCUUGUGCUUUUGCUGGAGCCUGGGAGCUGUGUGGAUGCUGCAACGUGUCUGUGUGAGGAACCUGAAGAGAGGCCAAGUGUUGAGAGCCCUUUACCCUUCAGAGGGGGUGCAGAAAAACGUCCCGGAGACCCCAAGAGCAGUGGGGGGGCAGUGAGCAGUGAAAGCUCAGAGACGCCUCUUUCUCCAAAAGCUGCCAAGAGUUGUUUACGUCGUGAGUCGGAGCCUGGGAAGCUGAAAGAGUUAGAGGCUUCAAGGUCAGCCACCUGCAUCAAGUAGAGAUAAGAGCUUCAGAGUUGUGUGGGAACGCCGAGACAAGUCCAGUCUCCAUGGCAACUGAGAGAGUUGCAUCUACGGAAGCUGUGAAGGUCGUGGGCAAGUCUUCCUGCCGGGGGGAGUCUGUUGCCGUGACAACCAGAGAGGACAUCUGCAGAAGCCCCAAGGAGGGGGGUAGUGAGGAGAUUGUUGCCCUGGCGACCCAGGAAUGUAAACAACAAGACUUUCUCACUAUAAUAAUAGACUCUGGUGCCUCAAAUUCGCUAGUGCCAUCUCCUGAUCUUUUGAGGAAUUGCAGGACAGUAAAAACUGAGAAGUUUGUUAAGUUUGCAGAUGGAAGCAGAAAAAGGCUGACAGAAACAGGACUGUUCUUCUGUCCUUUCCUUAAGCAUGAAGUCAAAGCUUAUGCAGUGCCCGGUUUAACUAACUGUUUGUUAAGUGUGCAUGAUCUAUUGAUCGAUAAUUUUCAAAUUUCUUUUACAGGUGACAAAUGUGAAUUUUCCAAGGAUGGGAAGCACGUGUACACAGUGCAGUCUAAAGAUAAUUUGUUUGCUGUAAAUGUGCCUUUUUCCACAGGAAAAGAAGACACCGAAGAUGCGAAGGGCCAAUGUGUGAAUGUAGCGCCCCACAAUGGUUGUUUACAUAUUUGGCACAGGCGCUUCGCUCAUUUAAAUUGGAAAUUUCUCCAGAAAGCACCGGAGCUGACACAAGGGUGCAGAUUUAAUGUUUGUGACAAAUUUCUAGAUUGCAAUGCAUGUAAACAGGCGAAAGUUGUGACAUGCUCAUAUCCAAAGUCAGAGAGGCAGAACACAGAACCCUUUGAAUUAAUUCAUGCAGAUUUGUGUGGACCCAUGUCUGUUGAGUCACUGGGAGGUUCGAAGUAUUCUUUGCUUUUGAUUGAUGAUUUUUCGAGGUCUGCUUGGACCUUCUCUCUGAAAACGAAAGGGAGGCGGCUAAAAUGAUCAGGGAUUGGAUCACCGCAGUUGAGGUAACCUUUUCCACCAAAGUUCGUGGUUUUCAAAGUGACAGAGGUGCUGAAUUCACUGGUUCUGCUUUACAGGAUUUCUUUAGGGAGAAGGGGAUUAGCCACAGACUGACCGCUCCUUACUCUCCGCAACAGAAUGGGGUCGCAGAGAGAAAGAACAGGACGGUACAGGAAGCUGUGUCUGCAAUCCUGUGGGACGCAGGGCUACCCCAGAAGUUUUGGUCGGAGGCCUGGAGAUAUGUGGUCCAUACCGAGAACAGAGUGUACAACUCUAGUGUAGGAAAUACACCGUAUUUCUUACUUCAUGGAAGGAAGCCCAAGGUACACUACCUUCGUGUGUUUGGUUGUGAGGCUUGGGUGCUUAUUCCAAAGGCUCUACGCAAGAAAGGUGAGCCAAGAUCUAAAAGGAUGAUCUUUGUAGGGUAUGAGCCUGGCUCAAAGGCCUGGAGGUUUGCGUACCCAAGUGGAGACCAGUCUAGGUUGGUUAUCAGCAAUAGCGCUGAGUUCUGUGAGCAAGCUGGUUGGAAACGUCUGCACGCCAAUUCAGACGUGCUUCCACAGCAGUUCUAUGACUCAGAUGUUGAGGAGGAAGAGGAACUUGUUGCUGGGGACCACGGUCCAGAGGGACAGAGUCCAAGGCAGGAACAGCUCAGGAUCCCUCGGAGGGGGGAACCUAGAACACCUCCUCAGGCAAGUGUCAAGUUUGAGCCAAAGAGUAAGCCUUCUUCACCUGCUGGACCAGCUGUAAGGCCCAAGAGGCGCAGCAGGUCAGAGGGGGGAAGACACUGAAGUUGAGGAUGAUUUAGCUGGACCCAGUGAAGCGGCAGGGUCACCAGGAGUCACACUGAGGAGAUCAGCGAGGACAAGGAGGCCUCCUGAUCAGUACGGCGCUUCAGGCGUCUGGGUAGGUUCUGCAAGAUGUGAACCUGAAUCCUUCGAGGAUAUUCAGAGUUUAACUGAGGAAGAAGCAGGCAAGUGGCACAGGGCAAUGGACAAAGAGAUGAAGUCCAUGAAAGAUCUAGGUGUGUUCUCACUCACAGAGUUGCCACCGGGAAAGCAAGCUGUGAGUUCCAGAUGGGUUUACUGCUUGAAACCCACGGACGCUGGAGAGCCGCAGUAUAAAGCCAGAUUAGUUGCUCGAGGAUUUACUCAGAGGAAGGGAAUACACUUCACGGAGGUGUAUUCGCCAACAUCACGAGCAGAGACUCUGAGAACGCUUUUAGCUUGUGCAGCACAGAGAGGCUGGAAGGUAAACCACUUUGAUGUGGAUGUUGCCUACCUUAACUCAGAUCUCCAGGAGGAGCUGUACAUGAUUCCUCCUCCGGGGUUUGAGAACUCAAGGCAGGAUGUUGUGUGGAGAUUGCACAAAUCCAUCUAUGGAUUACGUCAAUCUGCUAGAAACUGGAACAUGUGCCUGAAUGAAGCUUUGGAGAAGCUAGGUUUCAGGAAGAGUCUUGCUGAUAGUUGCCUGUUCCUUAGAGGAUCAGGAGACUCACAGGAGCUGGUGCUGGUUUGGGUUGAUGACGUGCUUUUCGUCUCAGAAACAGAUGAACAGGCGGAGAAGUUUGCCAAAGAGCUAGGUAAACGAUUCAAGCUUAAACAGCUUGGUGCUGUCAAAACCUAUCUAGGUGUCAAUGUUGAGCGUGCACAGGAUGGAAGUUUUUGCUCAGCCAGAGAGGUAAAAUUGAGCAACUGCUUCAGAAAAUGAGGAUGAGUGAUUGUGCAGGAGUGAGAAGUCCUAUGGAGACUAGUUUUGUGAAGGACAGCCAGCAAGCAGAACGCGCUGCGUUCGAAAAUACUGAAGUGUUUCAGUCAGCUCUAGGGAGUUUGUUGUACUUGUCCCAAUGGAGCAGACCUGAUAUAGCGUUUGCUGUCAAUCUGCUCAGCAGGGAAGCAUCAAACCCUAGUGUGCAAGCCUGGAAUGGCGUCAAGAGAGUUCUGAGGUAUUUGCAGGAGACCAAAGACUUUUGUCUUAGAUUGCCAGCACAAGGAGAAGUGAAACUGACUUGCUUUGUGGACUCGGAUUGGGCUAAUCUUGAGGAUCGCAAGUCUGUGUCUGGCCUAGUGGUGAAGUUUGGGAACUCAGUAGUUGGGUGGAGGUCCAAGAAGCAAAGUCUGAUAGCGCUCUCAUCCACUGAGGCUGAGUUCAGUGCUCUUUCAGAGGUGUGCAGAGAAGUAGAGUUCUAUGCUUGUUUGGUGCAGGAACUCUGCGAAGUGGAUUGUCUGCCGAUACGUGUUUUCGAGGACAAUCAACCAUGCCUGAGUUUGGCAGAGUCAGGUCAGUUCAAGGCCAGAACGAAACACCUAGACAUUCGCUUUCGGAAUGUGUGCCAGAGUGUUCAGGAGGGAUUAGUUGCGCUGAAGUAUUGUCCCUCUGCCAAGAACCUAGCUGAUGGGUUCACGAAGCCACUCACCUUCCAAAGACAUGGGGAGUUUUGUGAAGGUCUGGGUUUGGGACGACCAAGGGUCGAUUCUCCCCUCAGGUGCGAGACAAGAGGGGGUGUUGGGUGUAGUGAAGGGUUAACCUUCUGUGUCUCGAGGCUGAGAGGAGGCGCUUACAAGGGAAGUAAGCCAGGACGUGACGAAAGCAGCUUGGAAUGCUGUGAGCUGAGUGAAACGUGAAAGCAGCUUUGCUACGCAGCUGCUGAGAGAGAGACGCAGAAAUGCAACUUGAAUCAGAUGGUGUAUAUGAACUGUAAAUAUGCUAUUUCUGAGCAAAUAAAGUGCUACUAGGAAAAGAAGAAACGUGUGGGACGUCCUUUACUGCCCUUUCUACACGGACGCUGUGCAAAUUCUGCUAAUUGCUUUACGACCUGCAGAGGUGCAGGGAAGUGUGCUGGACGACAAGAGCAAAGCAAUAAAUCUUAUACCUAACAGAGCCUUUGCAGUGUGGUCUGCCUAAUCCGAAUGUGAUCCCCCAUUCUUAUCAAUUGGCUAUCAUAGAUUUGUUUCUUCUCCAUCCCCCUACAGGAGAAGGAUCGUAAAUUCUUUGCUUUCACUGUUCCUGUGUUAAAUAACAGCCAGCCCACGGAACGGUAUCAAUGGAAAGUCCUACCGCAAGGAAUGCUGAAUUCCCCUACCAUGUGCCAACAAUACAUCAGCCAUGGCACACCCUGUUGCUUAAGCCGUUUGUCCAUCAUUUUACCCAAAAAGCAUCAUUUGACCCGCUCUCGAUAUCGCCGCUCUGUGGAAUUGACUAAUGAUUGUGAUGAUUCUGUUUCUCUUCCCAGUAGGUCUGAAUAUAUCUCUUUAGCUGUUUCUCUCUUAGGAGUCCCUGGAUUGGCUGUACGCAAUAGUAGGAACAUUAACUCUUUAGCUUGCUCUGCAGCAAAAGCCCUGAAUUUUACUUCUCAAGCUCUUCACCUUUUAAAUAAAGAACAGAGUGAACUCCAGCAUGGACUUCUGCAAAACCGCGCUGCUAUUGAUUAUUUAUUGAUGCUUCAUCACUAUGGCUGUGAACAAGUGGCUGACAUGUGUUGCUUCAAUAUUACUGAUAAUUCCAAAGCGGUCCAAAGGGAAAUUUCUCAUUUGCAAAAUCUUACACAUCACAUUAAACAGGACGUUGGAUUUUCUGGCCUCUGGGAUUCGUUCACCCAGUGGCUCACUGGCUGGUUGCCAAACCUGAAUUGGCUUCGUAAUCUUUUCCAAUAUGCUAUUGUCAUAAUAUGUAUAUUAAUUUUGCUAUGCUGCUUCAUCCAAUGCAUUCCUAGUCUCAUGCGUCUUUGGUCUCAGUUUUUUUCUCCUCCUCUGCCACCUAAUAAAAUCAUUGCCGCCUACUAUGCGAAAUGGCAGCAUCAACUGUAA